AUGGUGUUAGCACGAUUCCUGCAGCAGAUGAAAUCUGAGUGUCAUUUCUUCAACGGGACAGAGCAGGUGUGGCACGUGACCAGAUACAUCUUUAACCAUGAGGAAGUCCUGCGCUUCGACAGCGAUGUGGGGGAGUUCCGGGCAGUGAGCGAGCUGGGGCGGCCCAUAGCUGAGGACCUGAACAGCCAGAAAGACAUCCUGGACAAUUACCGCGCCGCUGUGGACAGGUGCAGAAACGACUAUGCAUUUGUUAGCUUAAUGUUAAAGCGGAGAGUUAAGCCGAAGGUGACUGUGUAUCCCAAGAAGGCACAACCCCUACAGCACCACAGCCUCCUGGUCUGCUCUGUGAGUGGCUUCUACCCAGGCCACAUUGAAGUCAGGUGGUUCCGGAAUGGCCAGGAGGAGGAGGCUGGGGUCAUGUCCACAGGCCUGAUCCAGAAUGGAGACUGGACCUUCCAGGUCCUGGUGAUGCUGGAAACAGUUCCUCAGAGUGGAGAGGUUUACAUCUGCCAGGUGAAGCAUCCAAGCCUGAUGAGUCCUAUCACAGUGGAAUGGAGGGUACAGUCUGAGUCUGCAUGGAGCAAGAUGCUGAGUGGAGUUUGGAUCUUUGUCAUGGGUCUUCUCUUCCUUGUGGUGGGGAUGUUCAUCUACUACAGGAAUCAGAAGGGACUCCUGAGCUGAAGAGAAGGUGACAACUGCAGGAAGGACCCCAUGUCCUGCCUCUCCAUGUCAUGAAAGGGUUUCCUGCCUGCUCUCCUUCUUCCACAGAGACGGUGCUUUCUCAGAACUCGGUUCCCUCUGGUUCAGUGAUCCCACAGAACAUGUCCUCCCUGCUGGCUUCCUAAGCCACUGCUCCUGACCUGGAAACCCCAGUACAGCCCCAGGAGGUCCUAUUCUCCAUUUUCUCCUGGCCCCUGAGUAUUCAACUCUGACUGUAUCCAGUGGGUCUGAACUCACCUUGUGCCACAUUACUUUAUGACAUUUUCCUCAAAUAAACAUGGAGUGAAAAAUCAUCUACUUCAAAGUUUCAAGGAAAGAAAUAGAAAAGAGAAAUGGAAGACUGCAUCACAAUAUAACAAUGGCUUUCAUUUAUGCAUGAGUAUAUGAGGUAAUCCAUUUGUUAAAUAGGUGGAAUUAUCCUUUUCCAAGCAUACAGAUAUAUCAGACAUAAUACUCUGCACCAUGACUACACAUGAUUUUUAUUUGUCAAUUUAAAAAUUGAUUCAAAAAUUUAAAAGUCAAUGCCAGAAAAUCAGCACUGACUAUAACAACUGAAGCAAAUUCCUUAAAAGUUUUUGAUAGAAAACAAGCUAGAAAAAUAAAACUAAAUCAGAAUUUUUUUGUGUGUGCUUGCCCAAAACAUUGUGCAACUUGCAAAUCAAGUUAUGAUCAAAGUUCACAGACUCCAUUAAAAUACUUUUAUGAAACAGUUUCUGGGAAAGGCACAUGAAUUGGAUGAGAAGGUGGAGGGUUCUUCUCUGGUGUUCCAUCUGAAGAGUCAUUUUCCAAUAUAAGUCAAUUCAAAGAGCAAAUAAUCAGUUCAGAAGUUUAUCUCAAAGCAAUAAUCAUUUGGACACAAUUUCUCCACUGUUAAUUACUGCUCUUAUUCUAUUUUAUGAAUAUUAAAAAUUUAUAUAAAAUAUUUUGUCAUAUUAUGCAUUAUUUGUAUAAUGCAGAUUUGCCUAUAGAAAUUUGAUACACAGAUAUUGAUUGAUGCCUGUUCUCUUAGAUCCCAGGGUUGCAACUUUACUCUAGGUUGUUCCCUCAGAUGAAGAAAUGACUUGUCUCAUGCAGUGUGAGAUUAUAAGGUAGAAUUAAAACCAAUGGCACACUUUUUUCAAUGAAGGUGUUUUAUAGUGAAAAUAACAGGAAAUCCACACUAAUUAGUUCUAUUUUUCUGUAACUUGCUGUGAUCCACUGUGGGACAUCUUCAGGGCCGCUUGAAUCAGUGGGCCAGUGGCCUCUCCAAGAAUCCUAGACCUUUAUUGCUUAUCUUUUCAUUCACAGCACACCUGCCGUCCUGAGAUGGUAGGACACCCACUGCACCUUUAGGUUUCAUGUUCUCUCACAAUCUCUAAAGGCAGGAAAAGGAAACUUCUUCUUGUGUGCUUUUGUAAGGCCUAAGUAAACUUCUUCCAGAGUUUCCACUUGACCCACUUCCUCACACAUGGGAACAACCACAGAUACAGUCACUGGCUCAGACAAACUAUGAUUCAACUUGUGUGGAGUGGACCUGUUGCAUUUGGGAAGAAAAGGAGCAAAAUCCUGCCUUCAUUGAAGGAAAACAAUGAUGGAUGGGGUAGGAGGGAAUGGUUUUAGGGUAGGAAAAUGUAGUUCCUGAUAUCAUCAAGCUGUUAAUAUUUUAUUUUCCUCAUGAAGACCUAUAGAUUCUUAAUCAUCAUCCUCAAUCAAGAUUUUGAGUAUUUUCUAUAAUAUUAAAUACUAAAUUCUACCCUUUACUUACAAUAAAACAAAAAGCAAAAAUACACGGGUAGUUUUAAUUUGUGGACAAAAUGUAUUAAAAACACAUUUGUUUCAGAAAAAUAGAUCUAUGAUAAAUAAAAUAUGAAAAUACAAAGUAUGUAUGAAAUUACUAGUGCAGUUGUUAUUAUUUCUAUUACUCUCAUCACCAUUAUUAUAAUUACAUUUAAAGACAAAAAGACUUUCUAAAGCUUGUACUUUGCUAGAAUUUUAAUGUUGCAACUACUUUGGAAAAUAGUUUCAUAAAGCGUUAAAAACACAUUUAUCAUCCAACCUAGCAACUUUAUUCCUUGAAAUAUACCCAAACCAAAUCAAAAUGUAUUCUCACCAAGAUAGGUGGGCAAAUGUUCAGAGCAGCAUUAGCCACAAUAGCCCCAUACUGGAAACAAUUCAAAUAUCCCAAACUAUAGUUGAAAUAUUUUCUUCAGAAAAAAGUAUUAUACUAUCUACUUGUUUUAAUUUUUCAAAAAAAAACUUAGUGGUUUAAAAUUACAGUCCCAUAAUGAUUUCAAAUAAUUCUGGGAGUGACUGAACUCAGCUGGUGGUUCUCACUGGGAUCUCCCAUGUGUUUACAGUCAGAGGUCAGCUGGUUAAGGUCCUCAAGAGGCUCAACUUGGACACUCUCUGCUUGUGGUUCCAGGCCUCUAAUGUGGCCUGUGGUCCCAUUAGGAAUGAAGACAGGGCUCUUAGGUUGAGGGCUCAUAGUCCCAAGAAUAUGUUUCUCAAGAGAGGAAAGUAACAACUGUAACAUUUCUUUAGACCCAGCCUCAGAGUUGUGGGCAAUCAUUUUGUCCCACAUGCUAUUUGUCAACAGAACCAGCCCCGAUUGAAGGGGAUGAGAUAUACAAUCUGCACUUUUGAGAUGAGUGACAGAUAGUUUGUACCCUUCUUUAACCUACCCCAAUCAAUUUUUUAAAACUCACUAAAAAAGAGAGAAUCUGUGCAAUGAGUCCUACAUCCAGUAAAUAAAUUAUAAUUUUCUCAAAUCGUCUUCCAAAGCAAUUAAAGGUCCUCUCUGCUUCAGUGUUAAAUUCUACAAUAUAGCUUCAAUUCAUCUGGAAUUAUUAUUGCUGAUCUGAGUAGGUGUCAUCAUAAAGUUUAUUAGGGAUUCAAACAACCUAGCAGUGUUUAUUGAAAGACUGUCUUCCCUUCGUUGCUCUGCCAAUGCUACCAGAGACACAUAUUGAGGGUUGGAUCUAUUUCUAAAUAUCUACUCUAUUUUGUUGUCUUAUUUGUCUACUGUUGACAAAACACUGUGCUAACUAACAGAAUCAUAUCAUAGGUCUUGUUAUGUUAAGUUUUUCUAGUUGUGCUGUGGUUUUCAAAAAUUUCCUUGACUAAGACCAUAGUAAGUAUGUAUGAAUUUUAAAUUCAGCUUGAUGAUUCCUUCAUACCUUAAAAAGAAAAAAUAACAAGAAAAAGAAACAAAAGAGCAAGCAAAUAAAAAGACUUGCCAUGAUUUUUAAUGAGAUUUUACUGAAUACAACUAUAAUCUGGAGAGAACUGACCUCUUUGAAAUAUUUAGUGUUAUAAUGACCAAAUAAGGUAGUUUCUUAAUUUGCUUAUAUCUGUUCAUUUCUCCCAUUGAUGUUUUAUAGUUUUCAGUAAAAAUUUUUUC